UUGUUAAUAAACAAAGUAGUUGUCGUACAAAUACUAUUGAAAAUGAAUUACGUAAUUAUUUACCAGAAUUAAAAAUUGAAAUAGAUAUCCCUGAUGGUGACGUCGUUUUUCGUGCAAAUCAACAACCAAAUGCUCUAUUUAUUCAAGCAUUACGUCAUCUUGAAUCAAUGAAAAUAAAUAAUCAAAUUAAAAAUUAUGGAGUACAAAAUAGUACUAUGGAUGAUGUAUUCUUAAAAAUUACAAGAGAUACAGAAGUUAAAAACGAUUCAAACUCAACAUCCCUUGAUACUAAUACAAUCGAAAAACAAUGUCGUCGUGUAUUUGAUCAUCAAGAUUCUCUUUCUGGUCCUCGUUAUUAUCUAAGUCAAUAUUAUGGGUUAUUAGUAAAAACUGUACUUGUUCAUUAUCGUCGAUGGGCAUUAACACUUAUUAUUUUGUUAUUACCAAUUUUAUAUAAUCUUUUAUCAAAUUUAAUAUCUCAAAGUCAAAAUGAUACUGGAAUUUUUAAAAUGAAUUUCAAUUCUCUUAAUCCACAAACAAUUUUAUAUCAUACACAUUCAAGUAUAAAGAAAUAUUUUCUUGCAUCUGUUAAUGGCGCAAAACUUGAACAAGGACCAGGAAAUAUAUAUAAAAUGAAUGAAAAUAUUUGGAAAAAACGAAUGGAUCUUCCAUAUACAUAUACAGAUAUUUAUCUUGGUUUUAAUAUUCCUCCACCAAGUGGAGAUACAUAUAAGAUUCAAGCAUUAUCAUCAAAUUUAAUAUCAGGUUAUGAGGUUCUGUCUGUUGCAUCAAAUACAUUCUAUAAACAUGCAUUGAAUGAUUCAAAUGCAUCGAUUCAAACAACACUUGUUUAUAAAAAAAAUACAAGAAAUGUUACUGAAGAACCAUCGAUUGGUCAACUAAUGGAUAUAUUAAGUAUGGUAUCAUGUUUUAAAAAAAUAUUACCAAUAACACUUUUACUUGAUUUAUUUGUAUUCUAUAUUUUAUUCUUUUACAUAACUGUAUUUUUAAUCAGUGAGCGAAAAGAUAGCUUUUUAUCAUUACUGAAUAUUAGUGGUUUACAUCCAGCAUCAUAUUGGUUAUUUACUUAUCUAUUUGAUAUAAUAAUAUCCGUUAUAUGGUUUGGUUAUUUGCUUGGAAUUUAUUGUAUAUUUGAUGUUGCUUUUAAUAGUCAAUCAAAAACGAAAUCUUCAUUAGAAAAUUUAACUAAAUUUCUUAGUUCAUGGGAUUUACGUAUACAAUUUUAUCCAUUAUCAAUUUUAAUAGCAUUACCAACAUUACCAUUUGCUUAUUUAUUAACAAAACUUUUCAAAAGUGAUAUUCUCGGUGGUAUAACCAUAUGUUUUAUCUUAAUAAUUCUUCAUUUUAUAAGUAUUAUUUUACCAGUUGUAACACUACUUAUUAACAGUACAUCUGUUCAAAAACUUUUAUAUUGGUUAUUUAAUAUCAUAUGUCCAACUAUCAAUUCACAAGCUAUAAUAACUUAUAUCUUAGCACGUAAAAGUCAAUUUUGUAAAGCAGCGAUUGCAGAAUUUACAGACGACGAUCGUGAUGACACAUCACUUUUUAAACCUAUUGGUGAUGAUACAAUUGGUUGGAAUAUAGUUAUUCUUGUUUUACAUAUAGUUAUAUUCUUAUUCUUAUUAAUUAUUAUUGAUAGUGGUCUAUUACAAUUUUCAUUUUCAUGUUUCUAUAAAUCAAAUUUUAAUGAAAAUACUCUUGAUGAUGAUGUUUUAGCUGAACGUCAUCGAGUUUUAGGAAUACAAACACAUACAUUUGCAGAUGAAGAAAAUGUUGAUCAUUUAACAGUUAAAAAUCUUGUUAAAUAUUAUUCAAGAAGAAAAGUUUUAGCUGUUGAUCAUUUAACAUUUAGUGCACGACGUGGAGAAGCAUUUGGUUUACUUGGUUAUAAUGGUGCUGGUAAAACAACAACAUUUCGUACUAUAGUUAGUGAUAUAAUAUCAACACACGGCACAGCUUAUAUAGAUGGACAAAAUGUUCGUCGUCGUAUAAGAUCUACACGUCAUUUAGGUUAUUGUCCACAACAAAAUUGUAGUAUGAAUUUUCUAACUGUUGAAGAUAGUCUUUAUCUAUUAGCACGUAUACGUGGUGUAAGAACAUCACAUUUAAAAUCAAUUGUUGAAACAAUGAGUUCAUUGUUUUUACUUGAUCCUUUUCGAAAUAAUUAUAUUCAUCAAUUAAGUGG